AAUUCAAUUCUCAUCUACCACGUUACAGACUUUAUUUUACAAAUAAGAUGGCCAAUCCAAAUAGCUACUACUUCCCAUUUUUCCCUCCACCACCUCCGUCCCCGGGGGCAAAGCCUCCAAGUCACUCAACCCCACCACCUCCAUCAGCAAAACCACCAGGUCAAUCGACCCCACCACUAACUCCGUCAGCAAGGCCGCCACGUCCAUCAAUCCCACCACCACCUCCGUCAGCAAAGCCUCCAAGUCACUCAACCCCACCACCACCUCCAUCAGAAAAACCACCAAGUCAAUCAACCCCACCGCCAACUCCGUCAGCAAAGCCACCACGUCCAUCAAUCCCACCACCACCACCCCCGGGGGCAAAGCCUCCAAGCCCCUCAACCCCAUCACCACCACAUAAGCCAUUUAUAAUACCACCACCUCCACAUCAGCCAUUUAGGCCACCGCCCCCACCUCACGUACGCCCUCCGCCACCGCAAUUGCCACCAUCACCAACCCCGGACAAUCAUCCCACCGUCAUAGUCAUUGUGUUCAUAUCAUUAGGUUCCGUUUUCUUCCUUGGAUUCCUUGCAGUUGCCCUACUCUGUUGCAUCAAGAGGAGAAAGAAAAAGACAAUCCAAGAAACCGACUUCAUUCACAUCGACAAACACCGGAAGAUCAAGGAAGCCAUUGUCGAAGGUCCCAAGGGACCCCAAGCCGUGGUGUUGUCAGUUGAGGAUGAUGUCCAUAUCGACGAGGAGAUAAGGAAGAAUGAGACAAUUAGUCACGAGGGUUUGCAUGGAAAAGCAAAGAGUUCAGGUGUCCAAUGGGAAACCGAAAUCGUUAACGUCAACGAACAUCGGAAGGUGAAGGAAGACAUCGUAGAAGGUCUGCAUGGGUCGAAAGCUGUGGUGUUGACAAUUGACGACGAUGUUCAUAUCGACGAAAUAAUAAGGAAGAACGAGAGGGUUGGUAAAGGUUUGCAUGGCAAUGCAGAGGCGGUGAAAAUUGAUGAGCCUUCAACGAGUUCACAUAUUGGUCAGCAAUAAUAAUCUUGGAUUCACAUUUGAUGAAGUCGUGAUUAACUCAUGUAACUAAUAAAAAUUCAUCACCGAAAACUGAUAUAUAUUUGACUGUUCUUUUUAAGAUGGAUCUGUGAAGAUUUUACGUAUGUCAAAUAAGCUGUUUCAUGUUUGAA